GUGCUUUCGUUCUCAUCGAGUUAGAUUUCCUCUGAAAGUUCUUAGGUUUUCUCUGCCGCUGCGAUCGUAUCUUCUUUCCUUGUGUGGAAAUCCAAAUCAAAAUCAAAAUCAAAAUCUAACGCUUCGAUUCGCUUGAUAUUUGGAUUUCCAUCCUUAAGAAGCUUCAAUCAAAUCAUUCGAACCGGAAAAUGUCCGGAAAAGGCGCCAAAGGUCUGAUUACGGGGAAAACAAAUGACAAGGACAAGAAGAAGUCCAUCUCCCGCUCCUCUCGUGCUGGUCUCCAGUUUCCAGUUGGUAGAGUGCAUCGGUUGUUGAAAUCAAGGACAUCAUCAAGUGGAAGAGUUGGAGCAACAGCAGCUGUUUACACAGCAGCGAUAUUGGAAUACCUAACAGCAGAAGUACUUGAAUUAGCUGGAAAUGCAAGUAAAGAUCUGAAAGUGAAACGUAUCUCGCCAAGACAUUUGCAGCUUGCAAUUCGUGGAGAUGAAGAACUUGAUACUCUUAUCAAAGGAACUAUAGCUGGUGGAGGUGUGAUUCCUCACAUUCACAAAUCUCUCAUCAACAAAUCAUCCAAAGAGUGAUUGAUUGAUCGAUUGAUUGAUUCUGAUCGAAACUUCCACACUCCUGUAACUAAAUAGGUACUUACUUACUUACUUACUAUCAACAUUAUCUACUUUCUUUAUAUCUUGCAAUAGAUUUCUACUUUGGAUUUGAUGAGAUAGAUGAAGCUGUUACUAUUUCUCUUAAUAGUUCAAUGAUUCCUUUGCUUU